UUUAUUAUCCCAAAGUGGCAAGGCUGGUAAGAAAAGUCACAAAUAAAGGAACAAAUUAACAAAAAGGACACAGAGAUGGAUCUCAACAUGAAACCCUCGCUUGCCGCCGACGAAAUGUUCUCGGAGGGUCCCGGCUACAUGGAAAUGGAUGAGUCCGGAGGCGCCACUGGGAUGAUGGAUCACCUACCAACCAAUGACAAGCAUGUUCACGCCGACUUCUACAAUGAUUUCGACGAUCUCUUUGAUGAGGACAACUGGGCCAAGACCAAGGCUGCCGGGGACAGCGUCCAGUAGUAACAUGAAAGGGAAAAUGCGACUGCCAAAUGAUAGAUGAUCAGAAUGUAAAAACUUGGUGUAACUUUUGUUUAAUUGCUAUAAUAUAUUAAUUUGGUUCGUACAACUAACGUAAA